AUGGACUCGGAGUUCUUGGAACGUAUUCAACGAAUGAAGUUAACAGUAGAUGAAGAUGAGGCAAUGACUAUACGCCUAGUACGGAGACAAGAGAUUCUGGAGGAGUACUCAUUAAGUCUUAUAGGACAGUUUCUUACUACCAGGUCCAUCAACCUUAGGGCAGCGAAAAACUUAUUACGGUCUAUGUGGAAACUAGGAGACGAUCUAAAAAUAGUGGACGUUGGCGAUAGGCUCUUACAAUUCAAGUUCUCAAUGGAAAGCCAAUUAUCGUGGGUUUGGAAUAAUGGUCCUUGGUGUUUUGACAACCAAAUCCUAGCUCUCCGGCAAUGGGAAAAAGGCAUGACUAUUAGGACAAUGAGUUUCACGCAUAUACCAAUCUGGGUUCAGGCAUGGGGCUUGCCCUUUGAUCUCAUAAAUGAAGAAGCCAGUCAGGAUAUUGGUCGGGGAUUAGGGACAUUUAUCGACGUGGACUGUAAGGCCUCCAAAUCAGAUCAGGCUCGCUUUCUCAGGGUCCGCGUUGAGAUUCCGUUGGACAAACCUCUACGGAGGGGGGGACCAGUCGUUAGCCCGGAGGGAGAUGAAGUCCAAGUUGCAUUUCGAUACGAGCGGUUGGUAGGGUGGUGUUUCACUUGUGGAAGAAUUGGGCAUGAAUUAAAGGAAUGUUGA